CCGCCGCAACGCGACCUCCAGUCUAUUCCGCUAUCUCUAUAAUUUCCAACUUCCGCUACUUUUGAGGAAAUCACUUUGGUGAUCAACAAACAGCUUUAUCCUCACAGCGGAGCUCAAAGGUUUCACCCGAUAUGGCUCCUCUCCCUCAGGAAGUCGAGGCAUCGUAUGCCGCCAUCAUUGACAGCAUCCUCGCCGCGAGCGAUCUGACCACCAUAUCCGCCAAGCGCGUCCGCAAGGGUCUCCAGGAACGGGUUGACUAUGAUAUAUCGCACCAAAAGGAUGCAGUCAACGCGCUCAUCAUGACGCGCUUCGACAAGGUCAAUUUCGAGCGCAACGGCGGAGCGAAUCCCGCGGAACCAGUCCCCACGGUCGAGACCAAUGGUGCCGCAGAGUCCAAUGGCUCGGUCUCGAAGAAGCGCACACCCGACGACGACUCACAGCUGGACGAGCGGCAACAAUCCCCACCGAAGAAGAAGCAAAAGCAAGCCAAGUCGGCGGAGGAUGAGGAUGCCAAGUAUGCGGCCAAAUUGCAGGCGGAGUUCAACGCCGCGUCGCGGGCCAGAUCUACACGCGGUGGGAACACGAAGAAGAAGGCACCUGUGGUCAAGAAGAAAGGCGAGAAGAAAAAGAAGAAGAGUGCGAACAAGGUCAAGGAUGAAGACGAUAGUGACAUCGAUUCCGGCAGCGGCGCGGAGAAGAAAGAGGUUAAGCGGACUGGAGGAUUCCAUAAAGCCAUGGUUUUGUCGCCGCCAUUAUCAGAACUCCUGGGCGAAACAGUGCUAUCAAGACCACAGACCGUGAAGAAGAUUUGGGAGUAUGUCAAGGCACGAGACCUCCAAGAUCCCAAUGACAAGCGCCAAAUCCGCUGCGAUGAUGCCAUGCGAGCCGUCUUCAAACAGGAUCGCGUUCACAUGUUCACCAUGAACAAGAUCCUAAACCAGAAUCUGUAUGCACAGGAUGAAUAGGCGACCCUGACGGCAGCAUAUUGCAGAUUUCCGCAUCACUUCGACCUAACACCAACACCAUUGACGAUUUCCCAGAUAUUUUCUUGCAUCA